AUGGUAUCCCUGAAGUCACAGAGUCAUGUACGUCGUAAGUCUGACCCCACGACUCUUGUAGGUGAGCAAGUGCCCAUUCGCACGUCCGGCACACCUGUAUAUUUCAUAGAUGGAAUACCCAAGCUUAUCACGGAUAUCUGUCAAGGACCGAAAUGGUGA